AAGAGAAAGAGAGACUGCACAAUCCAGUGGCUCACGCUGGCUCACACGAUGCAUAUUUAAAGAUUAGAAGGCGUGAAAAUGUGAUUUUGAAAGGAAAAGCGAAUCACUUUUUCUUAUUUUGCUAAUCUGCUUCAUCUACUGGAUCCUGCUCUCAUUUUUAUUUAUUUAUUUAUUUUUUAAAUUCAGAUUCCUUUUUACUCUCUUUGUGGUUUACCAAGGAGGUCACUGCGGAUACAACAAGGAGCUACACAGCCUGAACAUCACACUAAAAGCAUGUUUCUAAGGAUGAAGCCAUGGGAUAGCCAUGUUUUAUCUCGAUGAAAGCUAUAUCACUCAGCCCUCUCUGCAGUGACCCCUGCACAGCAAAGGAUGCUGGGAAAUAAUGAGCACUUUUAUCCCGGUCAGGAUGACAAAGAUGGGGAGGAUGAGGAGGAGGAAGAGGAGCAGGGAAGAGAAAAGAGAAAAGAGGAAGGUGGACCUGACACGGAGAAUGGAGGACUAGAUGGUCUGGAGGAGAAGGAAAUGACGGGAGGACGACAAUCCUGGGAAGUGAAAGGUGGUGAGGUGGUGAAGCCAGCUGCCAUUGUGGUCGGUAGACAGAGAGUAGACCGGCCCCUGAGGCUGGGCAACCAGGGCAACCGAGGUGCACCUUACAUGCCCAAUAAAGCCCUGCCACAUCAUCAAGCUGCCAAUAAGCAGCAGCAGCAGCAGCAGCAUCUCAUGGCAGCAAAGAGACGAGCUCUCAUGGAGCGCAGCAUGACCACAGUGGCCCCGCUGGAGGACACGUACAUGACCAUGAUGGUGUUUCGCAUUGGAAUUCCUGACAUCAAACAAACAAGGUGUGUCCAGUUUGACCAGGAGUGUACGGUGUGGAACGCCAAGCAGCAGAUCAUCUGCUCCCUCAGCGAGUCGCUGUGGGACGUCUACAACUAUGGCCUCUUCCAGCCGGCUGGAGACGGGCGGGAUGCCAAGUUCCUGGAGGAGGAGCGGCCUCUGCGAGACUACUCACAGUCCUUUGAGAAAGGGGUGCCUUACCUGGAGUUCAGGUACAAAACCAGAGUUUAUAAACAGACUAAUCUGGAUGAAAAGGCUCUCGCUAAACUCAGCACAAAGGCCAGUCUGAAGAAGUUUCUGGAUUACAUUCAGACUGGUGCAAUAGAGAAAAUGGCAAAAGUCCUCGAUAAAGGUCUCGAUCCAAAUUUCCAUGACCCCGACAGUGGAGAGACCCCACUCUCUGUGGCCGUGCAGUCUGGCCUGUCGGUGGAGGGCAUCAGGCUGCUGGUUCAGGGUGGGGCUCACUUGGACUUCAGGAGCAGAGACGGCCUGACUGCAGUGCACAAAGCUGUUAGGGCUCACAAUCACGCUGGGCUGAUGACCCUCUUGUCCCUCGGAGCCUCUGCAGAUUAUAAAGACCGCUGUGGCCUGACCCCGCUGUACCACACUGUGCUGACAGGGGGUGAAACGUCCUGCUGUGAGACUCUGCUCUAUUACAGGGCGAAGCUGGGGACGAGGGAUGAGAAUGGCUGGGACGAGUCCCAUCAGCACAGGGAUGAAGAGGAGUUUGGAAUGGAAGAAAUACAUAAGGCCUGCCAGAAUGGCUUUGCACAGCACUUGGAGCAUCUGCUGUUUUAUGGCGCAGACACCACUUCUCAAAAUGCCUCAGGGAACACUGCACUUCACAUUUCUGCCCUGUACAACAAGGAAAGCUGUGUCCGCGUUCUUCUGUACCGGGGAGCAAAUAAGGAGGCAAAGAACAAGCAUGGUCAAACACCUUUUCAGCUAGCAGUAAUGUCUGGUCACUUUGAACUCGGGGAAAUCAUCAAAAACCACAAAGAUUCUGACGUAGUGCCCUUUUUGGAAUCACCAAAGUUCGUUCCCAAGCGAAAGGAGAGUUCCCACACACUGCCCCUCCCUUUACUUCAAUCCCACCCCCUACUGCGCGCUAAUAGUGAUAACACCAUGACCCAGUCUGACCCCCUGGCUGCACCCAACAAGCCUGCAACCAAUCCCAACCCAGGACAGGGCCAGCGCAGGGCGUCCGUAGGCAUGAGGAGCUCCAGCAGCCCCAGAACUCGUACCCGUUCUCCCUCCAGGGGGAGAGGAGGCCAAAGUGACACAGAGGAGAGGCAGCGGCAGCCAAGGGGCCGGCAGGGUGCACCCUUGGCAGGAGGGGGUGGAGGUCAGAUGAAGCGAAUGUACAGCGCAGUGCCAGGCCGGGUGUACGUGGCCACUCGCGCCCACUCUGCCAGCGGAGACAGGGAGCUCUCGCUGAGCAAAGGGGACAAAGUUAAAGUGUUAAGUGUAGGAGAAGGAGGGUACUGGGAGGGAACAGUGAAAGGUCGCACCGGCUGGUUUCCCUCAGACUGUGUGCAAGAGGUGGCGGCUCCCAGCAAAGACAAUCGAUCAGACACACGCAGCGAGAAAGCAAAGAGGAAGCUCUUCCGUAACGUCACAGUCGGCGCCUACGACGGCACUGAUGGCCCCAGUGACUACAUCAUUAAGGAGAAGACAGUGCUCCUACAGAAGAAAGACAAUGAAGGCUUUGGCUUUGUACUUAGGGGAGCCAAAGCUCAGACUCCCAUAGAGGAGUUCACUCCAACGCCAGCAUUCCCCGCGCUGCAGUACCUGGAGUCUGUUGAUGAGGGGGGCGUGGCGUGGAGAGCCGGCCUGAGGAUGGGGGAUUUCCUCAUUGAGGUGAACGGGCAGAAUGUGGUGAAGGUUGGCCAUCGUCAGGUGGUCAACAUGAUCCGUCAGGGCGGCAACAGUCUCAUGGUGAAAGUUGUGAUGGUUGCUCGAAACCCUGAACUGGAGGACACCGCACGGAAGAGAGCCCCGCAGCAGACUAAAAGACUGACUCCUCCCGCCAUUGCCCUGCGCUCCAAGUCUAUGACAUCAGAACUGGAAGACAUGGUGGACAAAGCUGCGUCUCCGUGGAAAAAGAAAGCAGAAUACGAGUCCUCUCAGGCUCCUGAUAAGAAGAGGACAGUAUAUCAGAUGGCGUUAAAUAAACUGGAUGAGAUCUUGGCUGCUGCCCAACACACUAUUACAUCAGACAGCCAGGGCCAGAGAGGUCAUGGGGCCAAAAGGGACCGGAGCAAGAGUAUUGUUCCCAACGUCUCCAAUGAGCAACCAUAUGAGCAGCAGUCGUCAAUGAGUAUGGUACAGUCCGGACCUGGUUUUGGCUACAACCAAGCUCAUUUCCAACUAGGCCACGGUCCUCAGCAUGCCGUCAUGAUGCGUCAGAAAUCUAUUGGUGUAACAGAAGAGGAAAGGCAGUACCUACACCCACCUGCUAUGAAAUUGGCUCGCAGCUUGUCAGUGCCUGGACCAGAAGAAAUCCCCCCACCGCCUAACACAUCUGCCCCAGAGCCGCCUUUAUCUGCAGGCCCUCAUCCUGGGAGAGGGCCUGCUAUGCCCAUACCCCCUGUGUCCCAAGCCCAUUACCAACUCCAUUCUCAACCUGCACAUCCUACUCAAGCUGGCUGGGACAGGAGUGGGCCUGGUGGGAUGAACCAGCAAGUCAUGGUUCCCACCCUCCGCAGACAAUCUGAAGGACUGUGCAUCAGAGAGCCAGAGGCUCCCAGGAGAGGUGGUGGCAAGAUGGGAGGGUUACGGAGAGGCUACAGCAGUGCCACACCACCAACAAGUGCUAAGCCUAAGGCCCAACAGGCACAACCACAUCACCCACAUGUGGCCAACCGGGAGCAAGGUGGAGGGGCUGGCAGAGGGGCAGCAAAGAGAGGAGGUAGGGGAGCUUUGAUGAAGCAGUCAAAAGUGGAAGAUGGGCUAAGGCAACAUCGAGGAAAAGGAGGUGCAACCAAAGAGAAGAGUUCCAUCCCAAUUCCCACUAUUAUUGUCAAGGCGCCCUCCACCAGCAGCAGUGGUCGAAGCAGCCAGGGAAGCAGCAUGGAGGCUGAGCCCUCCCAGGAUGUGGAAGAACAGGGAGAUGUAGCCCCAGACGGCUCCAAUGCCAGCCUUCCCUCACCGCUGACCCCCUUGCCACCUCAGCCCCCUACAUCCACUUCCUUGCCUUCCUCAACUGUUGCUCCAUCUGUUACCUCACAACAAAACCUGGAAAACUUUGAUUACACUUCAACAUUUGGUUCGGCAUUUGGCGAAGGAGGGGCACGCAGGGAAAGAGAACGUUUCAGAGAUAUGAGACGAAAGAGUGCUUCUUUCUUCCUCUCAUCUGAAGAGGACAUCCAAGGGGAGGCAGGGGGUGGAGGAGAGGGGGGAGGUGGAGGUGCACUAGGGGUACGAAUUCAGCCUUUACAGAGCUCACAAAUGGAAGUACCCACCCCUCGCCUCCGCCCCUCCAAGUCUAUAGAUGAAGGCAUGUUUUCUGGAGACAACUAUGUGAACUAUUCCAGCAGCAUGCCCCCGGCCUUUGGCCUGCCUGAGUAUUCCUCCCCUGUCCUUAGUCAAGAUGGCCAGCCCAAGUCGGCACCUUCAAUGUAUGGCACCCAACCUGCAACUACCUUCAUCCACCCACUAACAGGGAAAGUUCUGGACCCCUCGUCCCCACUUGGUCUGGCCCUGGCUGCCAGAGAAAGGGCUCUGAAGGAUGACCGCAGGACAAGACGAGAGGACAGACACUUUGGCCGGCAGCUGUCCACCGUAGGCUCCUUCCCUACACCUGUUCAGACUCCAACACCUUCACUUUUUGCAACCCCAACACAAUCAGCCUACACUUCACCUGUGUCCCUCCACCUAAGUUCCCCAACCGCCACCACCUCCCCUGCAUCUUUGAGCCGGCCACAGUCGCCUAGAAUAUUACGCCUGGGAGGGGGAGGUGGGGAGAGGAUGGAGAGGGAAAAGGAGGCAGGGCCCAGGGAGGGUCUUAGAGUUCGCUUCUCUGAGGACAGAAACAGUCAGUUUUCAACCCAAUAUUACCCAAGGGAGAGAGAAAAAGAGGUAUAUGACAGCAGACCUGCUCUACCUUUGCAGCCUCCGCCCCCACCAGCUCAACCAGCUCCCCGCAGACCGUCCUUUCUGCAGAUGGAGACCACUCCCAACACCAGCUACAUUCCUCAGUACACUGUCCCCACAGCCCCAGCACAGUCACAUGAAACUAUGGAGGAAGCAAGAGCUGGGGCGGGCGGAGGCCUAGGACUGAUGGUUCUACCUCCACCAGCUCCCUCAAUAGACGCAGACGAUGAGUUUGUCUUUGCAGAUCCUUUGCCUCCUCCUAUACAGUUUGCUAAUGGUAAGAAUGAGAGAAUCCAUGAGUUUCAUCAGCAUCAUCAACACCAGAAUCAACACCCUGCUUCUGUUGCUCCCCCACCCCCACCCCCCCUCCCAUCUUCCAAGUCCUCAAAUGCUCCUCAACCCUCUUCGCAGGGUGGUGACUCUGCUGCUUCCAGUCUUACAUCCUAUGACAGUGAAGUAGCCAACCUCACGCAGUCAGCUCUAUCUCCAUCAUAUCCAUCCCCUCAGAUAUUUCCCCCUUCCUCCACCACCAUUACCACCUCUGCUUCUGCUCUGCCUGCCACAUCACUACACAGACCCCAGCCCAUGUCCCAUUCUCAUCCCUAUUACAGCAGCUCUAAUGACUCCUCAGUAGGUUUCCAUACCCCAGCCCAGGACAGAGGCACAGCUACCCUCACCACCACCAUGACCUAUGCUACCACUACCAUGACAGCAACUACUGCUGCCACCACCACCACAACCUCUCCAGCAUCCUCCGACUACAGCAUGACCAUGGCUGGGCCUAAGGCUGGCCUCAGCACAGGGGGGAAAGCUGCUGAUCACAUGAAUCACACGACUAUUUUAUCCAAGAGCGGAGACUGGCAAGAUGCCGUGGUGGACUCUGGAAUUGAGGAGCUGGAUAGCCAUAGCAGUAGUGACCAUCAUUUAGAAAUGCUUGGACUGAGUGGGUUGAGAGGAGAGAGAGCAGGGAUUGGAGGAGACGGGCGAGGGGGAGAGGGAGAGAAAGGCGGUGAACAUCAGGAUCCUUGCACAACCUACUCGGGUGGGCAAACAUUUGAGGUACACAAUGCCAAACUUGCAAACCCUGUGUUUCCAAAAAUGACUCAUUACAAGGAGGGGGGAGGGAGGGGCCCUUCUGUAGCACUACGUAGGCAGAACAGCACCAACCCUGCUCCUUUACAGUUACAGAGACAAAGCAACCCAGAAGAUGGUAGUUUAGAUGGAACUUAUGUAGAUGACAGGAAGCACAAGCAGAGUCGAUCCAAAAUGGAGGAUGGCUUUAGCUCUGCCCUGGCUGCUUGCUUAGAGAGACCCAUGGAGACACGACCAUUGGGAUGGGGUGAGAUUGGGGAACAUGAACACAGCAUAAUCCAGAGAGGUGGCAUAGUUUUAGAAGGCCGCAGAAUUCACUCACCGCUUUCAGGCGUGAAAGCCAGCAUUAUCAAUGAGCUGAGUUCCAAGCUACAACAGAUGAGUGGCAUGAAGAGCAUGGACGACUGGAGUCACACCCCAAAGUCUCCCACCAUGCAUAGGUAUUCGGCAGAUUUCACUGACGUAUUCCACAGUCCCCCCACUGGUCGCUCCACCUCACCGCUACCCACAUCCUCCCCACAGCAUCGUCAGAUCCUGACGCCCAACCUCGCAGCCACACCUUCUGUUUCACCUACACCUCAAGCCCCAGUUCAGCGCAACUGGACCCGGUCCCCUUCUCCACAGAUGCCUACCUCCCCAGUUCAUUCGCAUCCUCCCCAUUCUCCAACAUAUUGCCCAUACCCAACAUCACCAAAGCAUAGGUCCAAGAUGCGCCGGCAGACUUUUGAUUUUCAGUGCAGUCCCACUAAGGAAAUGCGGUCUUCAGUCUCCAGACGCAGGGCUCCCAGCCCUCUUAUCUAUAACACUGAACAGUCAAACCCCACUCCUCCCAGACCCUCCUCUCUACCCAUCCUUCCCAGUACACCUGUCUACAGUGGCCCUUUUGACUUUCCCGGGCCCCUCACUCCUCCUUCUCCAGGCCUCCCUCUAGGAGACACCUAUCGGGCUUCAACUCCUCCAGUAUUCUCCCCAUCUGGUGUGCAAAGUCCAAACCCCCUUCUCGUCUCCCGCUCUCUCUCCCCUACUCAUUUUCUUUCUGGGGCCUCCUCCCCCAUGCAUUUGCCGCCCAGCCCGUCCUGUCUCAACUACCCCCAUCUCAACGCUCCUCCACCGGCCAAACCAUUUGCCAUCAAACCCCUUCCCUACUGGACCAAGUACGACGUGGCCGACUGGCUGGCUUAUCUAAACCUGGGUGAACACAGAGAGCGUUUUAUAGACAAUGAGAUAGAUGGAUCGCAUCUGCCUUCACUCACCAAGGAUGACUUCUUGGACCUGGGAGUGACACGAGUGGGACAUCGAAUGAACAUCGAAAGGGCACUGAAGAAACUCACUGACAGGCGGCUCUCCUCUCCUUUGCAUGUCACUGCUUCUCCCCAAGACACAGACUGAGUGAAUGAAGGGGUGAAUCAAAGAUGAAAGAAAGGCACAGAAACAAAUUGACAAAGAUGAACAAUAACAGAAGAUGUGCAAGAGAAGAACAGAGGACGUCAAUGGGUUGUUUUGAAUCAAUAUGGUGGGAGGGACUUGUCUUGCAAAUUUGCUACACAUGUAGAGAAAGCUAACGAAAUCUGUGAAAUGACUGUGUGUGAAAGAGUAUGUAAGUAAGAAUUUUUGAAGAUGACUCUUCAACAGAAAAUAUUCUUUAAACUUUUAAUGGACAGGCAUUUAAUUAACACACCGUUUUGUGCUGUAAAAGAAUAAACACACACACACACUUACACUCAUGUUCUCGCACACACUGACAAAUGAAAUCUCACACCAUCUGCUGCUGAGCAGCAAUGAGAAAACUUGAGUCUGAGUUCAAAGAAAAGUUGAAAAGUUGCUGCUUAAAGGGUGAAGCCCAAUUAAAUGUUACUGGUUGUGGCUGAGCCAUAAACUUUGGCGAGAAACAGGAACAUAAGGGACACAUCCUAACAUCAGUUUUGUAGCUUUAAGCAGUUCAGAGUAUCAAAUGGCUGUGAGCGCUGGAGCCAAAGUGUGAGAAGGGGUUUUGUUUGUAAAUGAUGAUAGAAGAAAGUGAUAGAUGAUAGUAGUUUAUAUAUAUAUAUAUAUAUAUAUAUAUAUAUAUAUAUAUAUAUACACACAGUAUAUUUGCCAUACUCCCCCAGAGGAUGCCCCAGUAAGCUUUGUAUGUAUGUACUUUGCAAGCUCUAAAUAUAUCUUACAUGUUAAACGGGAUUCACUAUUAGUAGAACCAUUUGUUUUGUACUAAGUGCUGAUCGCAAUCAUUCAUUUCAAACUGGUCAAGAUAUUUAAACUGUUGAAAUCGAAUCGUGGAUUAUAGGGAAAUAUAUUGAGAAAAUCUUGUUGUGAAUUGAACUCUAUUGUUUUCCUGGUUAUUCUACAGAAAGGAGAGGAAAUAUUUGAGUGCAGCUGAAAAAAAAGAGGGUUAGCAUGUCAAACCAUCUUAGACUUUAUUGGUGUUAUGGCCACAGCACAGGUCGAGGGAUGGAUCUAUCCUCUUUGAUGCCAUAAUGUUGACCGUGCUCUCUCACACAGCAGGUGCAGUGAUCAAAAAGGGCUUUUUACUGCUUCUCUGUCUGCCUGACUUCCUCUAACUUCUGCCUCUGUGAGUCAGUGUGUCUGAUUUUGUGCGCGUGUGUGUGUUCGUCAGCCUGCGUUGGUAGCAAAAUGCUUUUCCCCGACCUACACCUUUCUCUUUUUAAUGCCUUUUCCGAAAGAUAUUUAUAAUGGUCAGAAUGCAUAGUUGUUUUUUUUCCCCCACAGUUGACAAUCCUGAUGUUGCCCUCUUACACACGUUUACCCUCAAAAAGAAAGACUUUUACCCAGUUUUAAAAAGGUAUUUUCUGUGAUAAAAUACUGUAUGUGUUGCAUAGAGGUGAACAUGAACGUCCUGGAUUUAUUUUUAACAUGCCAGUUUAGCCAUUCCCUGCAGUGACUUCAACUGUAAGGCAAGAACAUCAUUUAUAGCUCUGUAUGUGAUGAUGAUGAUGACAAUGACAACAUAAAAAUAUAGUAUAAUAAAGAUUAUAAUAUUAAGUAUGUAAACAUUUUUAAGAAUCUCUGUCUUCCAAAUAGUGUGGACAAAUUCUUUAAAGCUACGUUUUGUUUAUCUUUCCUUUUCUGUAAAUGCUUUCUAUACGGCUCACCCUGUGGUGAUCCCAGUGAAGCUGACAUGUUAGUUAAUGCAUAUUUUCUCCAGUUUAAAAUUAUGACUGUGUACUCUUAUGCUGAGUUGCCUCAAUGCUGUCUCACGAUGGCUGCUAUUCUGAGAAGGACUGAGCAGUAGUGUAGAAAGCAUUACAUUAUGAUUUAAAAGAGUAUUUUAGGUCUAGUGAAAUGCAUAAUGAACUUGAGUACAUACAGUAUGAGCAUAAGUAUGCAGAGAUAAAAGGUAUAUAUAUAUAUAUAUAAAUAUAUAAAUUUUGUUUUAAAUAAAACACAUAUUUACGGAUAAAUAACAUGAUAGAGGUACAACUAAGGUGUUGAAAUAAAUUCUAAAAUAAACUAUG